AAAGGUCUCAGAGCUUAGAAGGCCGGGAGGAGGCGGUGGCUGCUCCGGAACCCCAGAGGAAGAGAUGCCUCAAAGGCCCAUAUAGGUUUCUUUAAAACCUCGCUAAUGUCCAGACUCGAGUCCCAGAUCUAUGGAGCCCACCAGAAACUGUCCACUGUUUGGAGGCGCCUUCUCGGCCAUCCUUCCGCCUGGGGCCAUUGAUGUGAGCGACCUCCGACCGGUCCCGGACAACCAAGAAGUUUUCUGCCAUCCCGUGACCGACCAGAGUCUGAUCGUGGAACUUCUGGAGCUGCAGGCCCACGUGCGGGGCGAAGCGGCUGCGCGGUACCAUUUUGAGGACGUUGGCGGGGUGCAGGGGGCUAGGGCCUUGCACGUGUUAUCUGUGCAGCCUCUCUGUUUGGAGAACUUAUCCCUGAGGGGCAGCUGUCAAGAUGCCUGGUUCCUUUCUGGCAAGCAGCAGGUAGCUAAAGAAAACCAGCAGGUAGCAAAGGAUGUCACACUACAUCAGGCCUUGCUUCGGCUGCCCCAGUACCAGACUGAUCUCUUGCUCACCUUCAAUCAGCCCCCCUCUAACAGCAGGUAUCUUGGCCCUGAAAGUCUGUCAUGUCCACCUUGGAGCCUGGGUAACUUUGAACAACUGGUGACCAGUUUGACUCUUCACGACCCCAACAUCUUUGGUCCCCAGUAAAGAUGGUGGGACACAACAUAAACUGCUGCUGAGGACUCAGGGACCCAGCUCUGAGAGGGGGAGUUUCUUUCUGCUUCCUCCCUGGACAUAAACAUAAGACACCUCCUCUGCGGAAAUAAAACUUGCUUUAUAAACAA